AUGGCCGCCUCUCAGCUUCCCCUCGAGACGCUAUCCACUUGGGCCAUGUUCAACGAUGUAGACCUCGUCGACGUCGAGGCGCGCGAGAUCCCCGGCUGCGGCCUCGGGUUGGUCUCGAACAAGGAUCUCAGCCGCGAGGAGGAGACUUUCGACAUACCGACCCUGCUGAGGAUCUCUCAUGAGUUGGUCUUAUCUGCGGAGGCUGUCGAGAACUACGCCAAGGUUGACAAGAACUUUCGCCAAUUGCUCGAUGUCGCUGGGCACAAGAAAGUUCUAUCCGACCGGCCAAAGACGUCCUUGCAUGGCGGCGUGUCGACGCCUUGGACCGAGUACGUCAAGUAUCUGCCACCGCAGGUUCCCGUCACGACCCUUUGGACUGAGCAGGAGCGCGAGAUGUUGAAUGGAACAUCUCUUGAGUCGGCUACGGCUGCCAAGAUCGUUGCCUUGACCGAUGAGUUUGACGAGCUCCACGAGACGUCCUCCUCGUUGCCUUUCUGGAACGAACUGUUUUGGGAAAGCGACAAGGUCUCCCUUAUCGACUGGGUCCGGGUCGAUGCAUGGUUUCGCUCCCGCUGUCUGGAGCUCCCCAAGUCGGGCGAGGCUAUGGUACCAGUACUGGACUUGGCGAACCACUCAUCCGAGGCCAACGCGUACUACGAAGAAAACAACAAGGACGAGGUGGUUCUGCUCCUGCGCCCCGGCUGCAGGGUCUCAUCUGGGGAAGAGAUGACGAUCUCGUACGGAGAUGCGAAAUCCGGGGCAGAAAUGCUAUUCAGCUAUGGGUUCAUCGACCCCGCAUCAGCCGCGGACCGCAUCACGCUGCCCUUGACACCUCUCGAGGACGACCCGCUGGGCAAGGCGAAGCUACACAUCUUCGAAGGCCCCCCCACUGUGGAGUUCGUCCGGACGAAUGGCUCCAUCAGCUGGGAAAGCCCCUUUGCCUAUUUCAUGUGCCUCAACGAGGAAGAUGGCCUGUCGUUCCGUGUCUUACAGGACACCGGAGGAUCACGGGAGCUAAAGUUAUUCUGGCAAGAAGAGGAUGUCACAACGGCGACAAUGGCUUUCAACCAACACAUCAACGGUCAUCCGCUUGCUCAAAUCUUCCAUCUUCGAGUGGUUACCGUCUUGCAGGAUCUGGUGGCCGGCCAGUUGGAGCGAUUGGCUACUGGCAUGUCACUGGAGGAUUUGGAUGAGUCUCUGAACGAAGGAGGUCUCGUUUGUGGGACGUGCAUCAACGCAGCUGCGAUGCUGAGGGAGCGAGAGACCGGCUUAUUGGAAGCUUCUCUGAAGGCUCUCGAAGACCAAAAAACACAACUACUUACAGAUGAAAACGUGGUGGCUUAUCUCGGAUCGAUGGAAGAUACCCAAAACGACUUAGCCGAGGACGAGACAUCCAAUGACGAGGAAGAUUUCAGCUAG